GGCAGGUCCGCGCGGCUGUGACGGGAAGGCGCUGGGAACCCGCAAAGCAAGACGGCAGCUUCCCGGGCGUUCCCACUUCGGAACGUCCCAUCCAGCUCAGACCCGGAAAAAAAACCAAACAAACAGACCUCGUCAUUUCUGUCUUCCUCGGCUCCACCUGCCUUUCCUCUCUGACAGCUGGUCCACCGACGUAUGGACUUGUACAUGAUGAAUUGUGAACUUCUAGCCACAUGCAGUGCCCUCGGGUACUUGGAGGGAGACACUUACCACAAGGAGCCAGACUGCUUAGAGAGUGUGAAGGACUUGAUCCGCUACUUGAGGCACGAGGAUGAGACUCGAGAUGUGCGGCAGCAGCUGGGGGCGGCGCAGAUCCUGCAGCGCGACCUCCUCCCCAUCCUCACCCAGCACCGCCAGGACCAGCCUCUCUUUGACGCCGUUAUCAGGCUGUUGGUGAACUUGACACAACCAGCCUUGCUCUGCUUUGGCAGCGUGCCCAAGGAGCCCAGCUUCCGGCACCACUUCCUGCAGGUGCUAGCCUACUUGCAGGCCUACAAAGAGGCCUUUGGCAGUGAGAAGGCUUUUGGAGUCCUCAGUGAAACUCUGUAUGAGCUGCUGCAGCUGGGCUGGGAGGAACGGCAGGAGGAAGACAACCUGCUGAUUGAGCGGAUCCUGCUGCUGGUCAGAAAUAUUCUCCAUGUCCCAGCCGACCCUGACCAGGAGAAGAGGAUCGACGAUGAGGCCAGUGCCCACGACCGGCUCCUCUGGGCGAUUCACCUCAGUGGCCUGGAUGACCUGCUCCUCUUCCUGGCCAGCUCAACUGCAGAGCAGCAGUGGAGCCUCCAUGUGCUGGAGGUUAUCUCCCUUAUGUUUCGUGACCAGAACCCUGAGCAGCUUGCAGGAGUAGGGCAGGGACACUUAGCUCAGGAGCGGAGGACAGAUGUGGCAGAACUAGAGGUGUUGCGCCAGAGAGAGAUGGCAGAAAAGAAGACUCGAGCCCUGCAGCGAGGCAAUAGGCAUUCUCGAUUUGGGGGCUCCUACAUUGUCCAGGGCUUGAAAUCCAUUGGGGAGAGGGACGUCAUCUUUCACAAAGGCCUCCACAACCUCCAAAACUACACUUCGGAUUUGGGAAAGCAGCCCCGACGGGUGCCUAAACGUCGCCAGGCUGCCCCGGAGCUGUCUGUUCAGCGUCGCUCUGCCCUCAAUGUGAGACUCUUCCUCAGAGACUUCUGCUCUGAGUUCCUAGAGAACUGUUACAACCGGCUCAUGGGCUCGGUGAAGGACCACCUGCUUCGGGAAAAGGCUCAGCAGCACGAUGAGACCUACUACCUGUGGGCCUUGGCUUUCUUCAUGGCCUUCAACCGAGCUGCCUCCUUCCGGCCAGGCCUGGUCUCUGAGACCCUCAGUGUCCGCACCUUCCACUUCAUUGAGCAGAACCUCACCAACUACUAUGAGAUGAUGCUGACCGACCGCAAGGAAGCCGCCUCCUGGGCACGCCGUAUGCACCUGGCUCUGAAGGCCUAUCAGGAGCUGCUGGCCACGGUGAAUGAGAUGGACGUGUCCCCAGACGAGGCUGUGAGAGAGAGCAGCCGCAUCAUCAAGAACAACAUCUUCUAUGUGAUGGAGUACCGAGAGCUCUUCCUGGCGCUCUUUCGGAAGUUUGAUGAGAGAUGCCAGCCCUGCUCUUUUCUUCGUGACCUGGUAGAAACCACCCACCUCUUCCUUAAGAUGUUGGAGCGCUUCUCUCGGAGCCGUGGGAAUCUGAUGGUGCAGAACAAGCAAAAGAAGAGAAAGAAGAAAAAGAAGGCCCUAGAUCAGUCCGCAGCCUCCAGUAAUGUCCCCUACAGCCCGGAGGAACUGGAGGCUGUUUGGCCCUCCCUGGCUGAGCAGCUGCAGUGCUGUGCCCAGGGUCCUGAGCUCAGUUUGGACUCUGUGGUUCCCUUUGAUGCGGCCUCAGAGGUGCCUGUGGAAGAACAACGGGCAGAAGCCAUGGUGCGGCUCCAAGACUGUCUCCUGGCUGGUCAGGCCCCGCAGGCCCUGACUCUCCUUAGGUCUGCCCGGGAGGUGUGGCCAGAAGGAGAUGUGUUUGGCUCUCAGGACAUUUCCCUAGAGGAGGAGAUUCAGCUGCUGAAGCAGAUCCUCUGGGCCCCGCUUCCCCGGCUGCAGGGGCCAGAGGCACAAGGGGCGGAGGAAGAAGAUGAAGAAGAGGAGGAGGAGGAAGAGUUGCAAGUGGUCAAGGUGUCAGAGAAAGAAUUUAACUUUCUGGACUACCUGAAACGCUUUGCAAAUUCAACUGUGGUCCGAGCCUACGUGCUGCUGCUGCGGAGCUACAAGCAGAACAGCGCCCAUACCAACCACUGUGUCGUCAAGAUGCUGCACCGGCUGGCCCAUGAUCUCAAAAUGGAAGCUCUGCUUUUCCAGCUUUCCCUCUUCUGCCUCUUCAAUCGUCUGCUUGGUGACCCUGCAGCUGGGGCCUACAGAGAGCUAGUGACUUUUGCCAAAUACCUCCUGGGCAAAUUCUUCGCAUUGGCUGCAGUCAACCCAAAAGCCUUUGUGGAGCUGCUGUUCUGGAAGAACACAGCUGUGGUUCGAGAGAUGACUGAGGGCUACGGCUCUCUGGACAGCGGAUCUUCUAGUCGCAGACCCCCGGUGUGGAGCCCAGAGGAGGAGGCCCAGCUUCAGGAACUGUACCUUGCCCAUAAGGAUGUGGAAGGUCAGGAUGUGGUGGACACCAUCUUGGCACACCUGAAAACCGCUCCUCGGACACGCAAGCAGGUCAUCCACCAUCUGGUACGGCUGGGACUGGCGGACAGCGUCAAGGACUUCCAGAGGAAAGGAACCCAGAUUGUACUGUGGACAGAAGAUCAGGAGCUGGAGCUGCAGCAGCUUUUUGAGGAAUUCCAGGACUCUGAUGAUGUCCUGGGUGGUAUCAUGAAGAACAUCACAGCCAAACGCUCACGGGCCCGAAUAGUGGAUAAACUGCUGGCUCUGGGGCUGGUGGCGGAGCGGCGGGAGCUGUACAAGAAACGCCGGAAGAAGCUGGCACCCUCAGGCUUGCCUAAUGGAGAGGAGUCCUUGAACGAUUUUUGCCAGGAAGAUCUAGAAGAAGAGGAAGACCUGCCAGAGGAAGAGAGUGAAGAGGAUGAAGAGAAAGAGGAGGGCUCAGAAGCAGAACAAGCCCAGGGUGGCUCCAUCCUUCCACCUCAGACCCUUGGGCAAAGCCUGCAUCAGGAAGGCUUUUCUGCUCCCCUCCUGUGGCUCCAGAACUGCCUCCUUCGAGCAGCAGAUGAUCGGGAAGAGGUUGGCUGCUCCCAGGCAGUUCCCCUGGUGCCACUGACUGAAGAAAAUGAGGAAGCAAUGGAAAAUGAACAGUUUCAGCAGCUGUUGCGAAAGCUAGGGGUUCGGCCUCCUGCCUCUGAGCAGGAAACCUUCUGGCGAAUUCCAGCCAAGCUGAAUCCCACCCAGCUCCGAAGGAUGGCAGCUUCUUUGAGCCAAUCAGAGGAGGAGGAAAAGCUUCAGCCAGGGUUAGAACCUAAGGUCCCUGCAGAGCAAGGCCCUGAGGAGGAGCACCGACAGGAAGAGGCGCACCAACAGGAGGAGGAGCACAGAAAGGAGCACCGAGCACAUGCCCUGAGGGCCCUCCUGUUAGCCCGGAAAAAGAAAGCAGGCCUGGUGUCCCCAGAGGAGGAAGGGACUGAUGGUGGGGAAGAGCAGCUGAAAGUGGCACCCAGGAAGCGACAGCUGCUGGACAGCGAUGAGGAAAAGGAGGAAGAUGAGGGCGGGAGCAAAGCACCAGAGUUGGAAGCUCCAAGAAUCCGGAAGAAGAAACGGUUUCAGGUUGAGGAUGACGAUGAGAGCGACUGAAGAGCCGGAUGCCCAGGGGCCGAGAGAGACCCAUUUUUAAGUGAUGAAUUUAAACUUGAGUUUGGAAGGACAUACAGGACCUGGAAACUCCUCUUACCUGACAGAAGCUGUGGAGCCCUGGGCUUCCCCAUGGAUUUAGGGUCCAGGAAGUCCAGGCAACAGUGUUGGCCUCCUGUACGAUCACUUCUUGCUUCUCCCAGUUUUACCAGUGUGCCUCAGUAGCUCUCUGGAGAUGUAUUCUUGCUCUUCUUUAGUUAGUAGCACCCCCAGCAAAGGAGAGGAGUGAGUGAAAUAUAGAAGGCACCUUGGACCCCUCUUACUGGUCUGUUCUUUUGAGUUUCUGCUGCGGGUGGGUCACAGCAUUAGAUGGGGAGUUUUGUGAUAUGAUGAGUGCGGGUGUUGCACCGUUUUUAAAAGGCACCAGACGCUCCCGUCCUCAUUUUCUUUCCUGUGAUCAUCCCCUAAACACCAGAUUGAGCCUGGUUCCUGCCGUUGAAGUAAGGUUGGGGUGUAGUGUUUGGUUGGUGUUUGGCAUUGAAUUAAACGUGUAAAAUUAAAAGUAGCCAAUGUUGAUUUGACUUGCCAAUCUAUCUAAGUACUCCAACCCUCCACCUGCUAUGUUUGUGGAAGAGCUUUUAACUGUUAUGGUUAAAAGAGGCCAUCAGCCUUCCCUUUUCUCUUGCUUUCCCCACAGAAGACAGAAAAACAUUCUCACCUCAAGAUCUUUUGUCUAGUAUAGAUCUUUAGGGUGAAAAGUGUAUGCAUCAGAACAGGCACAUGAAAAGACGCUCAACAUCGUUAAUCAUCAGGGAAGUGCAAAUCAAUACCACA